AUGAACGGCAACACAUUCUAUGACUGGUUUAGUAGCAUUUUACCACUACUAAAAAAAAAUGCCGUAGUUGUCAUGGAUAAUGCGCCGUACCAUUCGGUUAAAAAAGAAACGUUUCCCCAACUUUCGUGGAAAAAGGAAAAAAUCAUUCAAUGGUUGACAAUUAGAGGAAAUAUAAUAGAUCAACGAAUGGUAAAAGAUCGACUGUUGGAAGAGGCACAAGAAUUUCGAGUGGAUUGUAACAAGUACGUUAUUGACGAAUUGGCGAAAAACAAAAAUAUAAUUGUACUUAGGCUUCCACCGUAUCAUUGCGAAUUAAACCCUAUAGAGUUGGCGUGGUCCUCUAUAAAACAAUACGUGAAAAUGAACAAUACAACUUUCAAAUUACAAGAUGUAAAACAAUUGUUGGUUGAAGGCGUGGAACGAGUUUCACCCGACAUGUGGAAAAAUUUUAUAAGCCACGUUAUUAAAGAGGAGAAGAAGUUAUGCGAGAUCGACUUUAUCACCGAUGACAUAUUGGAAGGGGAAACCUCGUACCAACAUGUCUUAACCAUUACCGGAAACAUUUCCGAUUCCGAGUCUGACGACUUUGAUGACUCUGAUGAUGACCAACUAACCUAA